AUGCUGGGAAGAAUUGCAAUUGUAAGAAACGUCCAGCGCACUGCGCUCAAAAGAAGCACCGGAUGCAGCGUUUUACGCCAAUUCAGCGUCCAAGCAGCGCUGUUUAAGCAACCCGUUCCACCCAAAGGACGCUCCAAAACUGUAGACGACAUCAACAAGUGUGUGCUCAACGCCAAGUACGCAGUCAGAGGCCGGAUCCCACUGCUUGCUGAGGCACUAAAAACGCAACUAGCGGAAAAUCCAGAGUCUCUGCCCUUUUCCAAAAUCAUCAACGCCAAUAUCGGCAACCCACAGCAAUUGGACCAGAAACCACUCUCGUUCUACCGUCAGGUAAUCUCCCUCAUACAGAACCCAGACAUCUUGAACCAGUUAUCCCCAGCAGAAUUGUCGAAAUUAUACAAGCCCGAUGUCAUCGAGCGUGCUCAGAGACUGCUGAAAGACGCCGGCGGCUCCGUGGGUGCUUACUCGCAGUCGCAAGGUGUGGCUGGGUACCGUGAAACCGUCGCCGACUUCAUCGCCAACCGUGACGGAGAACCUGCCAACGCCAACGACAUUUUUCUCACCUCAGGUGCCUCAGGCUCCGUGGCUCACAUCCUACAGCUCUUUUGCUCGAGCCCUGAAAACGGGUGUCUGAUUCCAAUUCCUCAAUACCCUCUAUACACAGCCACACUUGCUUUGAACAAUGCCAGUGCUUUGCCAUACUUCCUUGACGAGGAAUCAGGGUGGUCUACAGACCCACAACAGAUCGAAGACGUGGUCAAGGAUGCUAUCAAAAGAGGUGUGACCCCCACCACCAUCGUCGUUAUCAACCCAGGAAACCCUACCGGUGCUAUUUUGUCUGCGGAAAAUAUUGAGGCUAUCUUCGAAGUCGCCGCCAGAUACGGUUUGGUCGUCAUCGCAGAUGAAGUCUACCAAGAGAAUGGCUUCGACGAUGUUGAGUUUAUUUCCAUGAAAAAGGUACUCAGAGUUCUACAAAAGACUCAGCCUGGUGCUUACGACAACGUGCAACUGGUUUCUUUGCAUUCCAUUUCUAAGGGUGUUUCUGGUGAAUGUGGCCAAAGAGGUGGUUACAUGGAGCUUGUCGGCUUUUCAGAGGAAGUGAAGCAAGUCAUUUUAAAGCUAGCUUCUAUUUCACUGUGUCCAGUCGUGACGGGACAAGCAUUGGUUGAUUUGAUGGUUUCUCCACCCAAGGAAGGCGAACCAUCUUAUGAGCAAGAUCAAAAAGAACGUAACGCAAUUCAUGAAGCUCUCAAGGAAAGAGCGUCCCUUUUGCACCGUGCAUUCCAGAGUCUAGAGGGCGUCUCUUGUCAAAAGCCACUGGGCGCCAUGUACUUAUUCCCCAAGAUCGACCUAUCGAAAAAGGCUAUUGCUAAAGCCGGAUCUUUGGGCAUGACCCCUGACGAAUACUACUGCAAGGAAUUACUGGAGGCAACUGGUAUAUGCACGGUUCCUGGCAGCGGGUUUCAUCAAGUUCCUGGAACAUUCCAUGUGAGAACGACUUUCCUGGCUCCUGGCACCGAAUGGAUCGAAUCUUGGAAGGAAUUCCACGAGAAAUUCUGGGAUGCUCACCGCGAUUAA